AGCCACUCGGGACGGACUCAGUUUCGGUGCAUCGGUUUUGGUUUGCCGUGAUCUUCCGCGAAGUUUGGAACCAAGGACGGGUAACGGGUGUUCUCGGUGAUUCAAUCAACGAACUGCGGUGCUCUUUACGCUCGGUACUAAUUAGUUUUCAUAUUUCACCUACACUGCCGUGUGCCCAACUUCGUGACCUCUCCUCGGGAAGAAUCCCUUUCGGAUAUUUCGACGAUCGACGAUUGCUGCCGACCAGCGGUUGACAAGGGUCUGCGAAAUGUCGUAGCGAUUUCGCGAAACCAUGAACUUUAAGCGGUCGCCCCGUUCGUAGCUAAAAACCGAAUUUACGGCUCGCAAAACAGAUCUUCUCUGACAGAAGCGGACGAGCUCGGUCGUCAGUGAGCCUCAACCAUCGGGACAGUCAAGACCUGUUGCUUUAUUUCGAAAUCGAUAUAAAGUCGAGUGAUCGCAGGAAGUGAUCCGCAGUUUCCAAGGGAGUAGUGCUACAAGAGCCGUGUGUAAUCAGAUCAUCGCAGAGUGCAACCUGUGUUUCGGGCGUAAUGUCGCGAUUCUUGCAAGUGCUUGUUGCGGUGACCUUGGUGGCGGGUGUGCUGGGACAGGAUACAUCCAACGACGCCAGCACCGUAUCUCCGCAAGAUAUCUACGAUCUCUCGGAGGAUGACUUCAAACUCUGGCUCUCGGGAAGACAACCGAAAGCUUGGGAGGGAGGAUCUUCAAGCUCCAGUUCGUCAACUGCUACCAGCGCUCCCCAAACGACCACUCUCCCUUCUGUGUUCCGAACAACCACCAACAACACUCCCACCACCCCUACGACAACACCGACUACGCCCAACUUCCUGACCACCAGCACCACCAUUAGACCGAUCGAACCCUCGUCGGAUGGAAAGUCUUGGUUCGAGGAGGAAGAUACAGCGACGCCACGGCCCGACCUGACGUUCGUUCCGCAGACGACCUUGACGGGAGAUCAGCUGGCGGGAGCGGGACUCGUCACUCGUCUGACAACCAUUCGUAACCGGAUUCCCGCUACUACCUUCCCCCCACUGCCCGUGACGGAUUUCGCUCCCGUUACCACCUCUGCUCCUCCUCCUCCUCCUGCUCCUGCUCCUUCCUCUGCUCCAGCUUAUCUUCCGGCAGAACAGGAUACCAUUGCUCCCGCUGCCGCUGCCCCGGGACCUCUAGACUUACAGCAAUGGCUUCGAGAUCAGCUGCAAACGUCUCAACGGCUCACCGAUAAUCUCCUCGCUCAAUGGACACCCAGCGGUUCGAUUGUCCGUUCGGAUGGGCAGCACUACACACCGAACGCCGUAUCCUACCAAACGUCAGCCCUCGUACAUGGUCUGCAUGGUGUGUCCCAUAGUGGACAUGUUCGCCACCAACCAAUUCCUGUCGCCGUGCAUCAUAACGCACCAACGAUUCGACGCGUGUUCUAUCCAGCCGGCAGCUUCAUCUACUCACACCCACCGGUGCCGCAGUACAGUUCUUACGUAGGCAACUACAAAGCACCGCUCGUCAUCAAAUACCACUAAGCUGAAGCUCAAGACGAGACUGCUGAAUGAAUGCUCACAAUGCUCAAAUUACUAAACGAUCGGUUGUUGGUUCAUCUUUUUAACAUGUUUGUUUUCUGUAAUAAUGUAAUGUUGUACUGAUUUCGAAUAAAUCUAGCGUAGUAAAUCAUUCCAAA